ACAGCGUCAGUGUCUAAUUUAUUGCUGUAUAUUACUUAUUCAUACAGCAUGUCUCACCCUGAAAGUACUUUUCUUGAUACUGAUACUGAUUACUACCAUGAAGGGGAGGGUGAAGAGGAGGGCGAAGAAGUUGAGGAAGAGGAAGAGAUUUAUUACAAUUCCGAUGAUUUUAUUUCGAAUUACUUCCUGAGUGAAAUGGGAACGAUUCCUGGCAACAUAUUUGAGUUUAAUCAUUCCUAUGGAUACGACUGCAGAAGAUAUUAUAACUUAGCUGUUGCCGAUGAAGAAACGGUUAUUUUUGCUUCUGGAAAUUAUAUCCAUUUUUUCAACACAACUACAAGAAGUAUAUGGUUCAGGCGAAGUGCUUUUGGUGGAGGAAUUGGCUUUAUUGCAAAAAAUCCACAAUUUCCUCACAUAGCGAUUGCAGAAAAUACAACAAAUCCUCCAAUAAUAAUCUACGACUGGCCGAGUUUUGAAAUAGUAUGCUUGCUAAAAGGAGGAUCUACCAAACGAUUCAUGAGUUUGAAUUAUACUCCUGACGGUCUCCUUUUGGUUUCCCAAGCUGGUGCUCCUGAUUAUCUUAUAACCGUAUGGAAUUGGGUAAAGAAAAGAAUUUUGCUAAGAAGUAAAUGUCACGUUCAGGACGUCUUCAGAGCAAUGUUUUCUCCAUUUUUACCAGGGCAAUUGGCAUCAUGUGGAGCAAGCCAUAUAAAAUUUUGGAAAAUGGCAACCACAUUUACUGGCCUAAAACUGCAGGGGGAAUUGGGAAGAUUUGGAAAAACUGAAUACACCGAUAUAAUAGGUAUAUUACCGUUGGAAGAUGAAAAGGUGGUAUCUGGAUGUAAUUGGGGCAACAUUCUUCUGUGGGAAGGUGGUUUAAUUAAGAUUGAAGUUUUGAGAAGAGGUAGAAUACGUUGUCACGACGCUCCCGUUGUCCAAUUUUUUCAUAUGAAUGGAGAAAUUUAUUCCAUUUCAAUGGACGGUCACGUAAAACUGUGGUAUUAUCCACAAAUAGAUCAAGCAGAUCCUCCUGAUACCGACAGAGUUGUUGAAAUGGAACCAUCUUUCGAUCUACAUGUUCCCAAUUUAAUGUACAUGUGGAUUGAAAAACAAAAUAACGAUGAAAGUUGCUGCUUAUACUAUGCUCAAGAUGGGAAUGGCGGAAUUUGGAGGGUUGAUUUAAGGGUAGAAAGUCCAGAACCACCACUACCUCCCGAACAAUUAUAUUUUACACAUGGAGGUCCGAUUAUGGAUUUAGCGCCAUGUCCGUAUGGACCAUAUUUGGCCACUUUGGGCUUCGAUGGAAAACUGAAUAUCUACGCCUAUUUAAAAAAGACUUCAAUAUUUACCCACAAAUUUCCUGCCAAAGGGAAUAGAAUGAUUUGGUUACCAAUUAAUGUUGAAGAUUCUGGCGAGCAAUUAAUUCUUGCAUUUGAUGAUGGAUGUUUGAGAAAUGUAAUUUUACAGAUUUCAGAAGAACCACAAGAGAAAGAUACUACACUAGAAAUGAUACAGUUUACUAAACCCCAUACAUCAACAAUAACCGAAAUGCUUUUGAACAGCGAUGGCAGUAAUCUUAUAACUGGCGGAGAAGAUAAAACAAUAUUCAUAUACCAACUGACCAUCAGCAAACACACCUAUGCACUUUUGAUACCAAUAGGAUACAUUAACGCACCAGAUUCUGUGACAUGUUUAACGUGGCAUCUUACAGAGGAGAACACGGUAAUAGUGGGAUGUCUUCAUGGUCAAAUAAUGCAGGUGGAAUUUCCAACUGAGCCUCAAGAUUACACCACUAUAACGUACAUAUUGCAUGUGGAACCGAAAUAUCAGAGGUUCACUACUUAUAAAGCUCAGAUACGAAGAGAUAUAAAAAUUGCCGAGAUAGAAGCUAAGAAAGCUGCGAAAUUGGAAAAAAAAAUGGAGGAACUUGAAAAAGUAAAAAAGGAAAACCCCGGGCUUGAAAUUGAUGAAGAAGUUUUUCUAGCUGAUUCAUCAUCUGAGGAAGUACUAGAGCCUCUACAUAUUCCUGACGUGCCCAAUAGGAUAAUAUGGAUUCAGCACACAGAGGAAGGAUCUUUCUGGCUUUCCAUGGGAGGCUAUGACGCCGGUUAUAUUUAUGAAUAUUACAUCGAUCAGAAGGAACAAAUACCCUAUAGAUUUCAAAUCAUUUAUGAUGGUGAUGAUAUUGAGAUAGAAAAUUUUAUUUACAAUUACAGUAAAGAAUAUCUCAUUUUUGCAAUGCAAGAUGGAGCAAUUAGAGUAAAUCGCGUAAAUCCAAAUGAUUGGCGUGACUUGUCAGAUUAUUGGCAACUAUCUAUGCACGACAACUUCAAUGGAAGAGUUACCAGGAUGGCUUUCAGUUACGACGAAAGAUAUUUCUUCACUUGUGGCUACGACGGAAAUAUAUUUGCUUAUAAAUUUUAUCCCGAAGAAGAUAAUUAUAUUACAGAAAUACCAAGAAAAACAUUUCUGUCUAAAAUAAUAACGACUACAGUAUCUGAUAAAGCACGUUAUGAUAUGCUAAGUUUAGAACAAGCUAUUGUAAAGAAAGAAGAAGAUCGUGUAGCUGCUGUUGCUAAUGAACAUAAGAGGGUAUUAAUAGAAAGGCUCAAAACAUUAAAGGUCGAAUUUUAUGAUUUACUAGAAAGAAAUAAAAAUUUGCUACCGUCCCAAAUAAUACCCAGAAAAGAGUUGGAAAUAAGUCCAAAAAUUACCAAUGAAGUAGAUGGUGCGUUUCAAGCUAAAGUUGAUUUGGUUAAAAGAAAGCUGGCCUUUAGGGUUGAAAAGUCCAAAGUUGGAAUGCGAAAAAUGAUGGAGUACUUUAUGGAACCGCUUGACUUUAUUCCGAUAACUGUUACAGGAAUUAACACAAACAAACUUGUAAAAACUCUGAGACAAAGAAAAUUAACUAAAGCUCAUUACGAACUGCACAAAAUCACCGACGAAAAAAUUAUAGAAGAGGAACUCAGAGGCAGACCUAUUCAACGUGCCCUUGUACUAGCAGAGAAAGUUAAACCCACGAAAUCUGUUAAAGAAAAAAUCUUGGAAUACUUUUUAGUUGGUUUAUCACCAUCAACAAUUCAACUUAGACUUGGGGCUAAACUCACACGACUUCUUAACAAAUAUAGAGCUAGAAAAGCGAAAUGGGAAAAAAGGAAACAAGAGUGGGAUUUAUUUAAUUUCAAAAAACCUAGUCCCGAUGUAAAUCCCCCCGAGGACGAAAAAGAACUAGAACAUGCUGAAGCCACGAUAGGGGAUAUCCCGCUAAAAACUUCUGAUACAUAUAAACUUCCGAAAGAAAAACAAACAACCACCCUGAAGAAGUUUAAAGAAAUGCUAAAUAUGAAGGAGAGAAUAGGCACAAGAACUCGUUCACAAUACAGAAUCCGGUAUGAGUUUAACAAGAAAGUUUACGAUCUUAGAGCCAAAAAGGUAGAAGCUCGUGAUAGUGUCCAACUAUUUCACACUAAACUGACCCAGUUAAAUCGAGAAAUUCCUGUGUCAGAGCGUCGUCAAGGAAUUCCUAUACCACGUAUGACUGACGAAGAUUUUCCUGAAAAACAUCUGGAAGUUAGGGCUUAUAAAAUAAAAACUCCUAGAAGAAUGCGAGAUAGAGAUAUAGUGGAGGAAAAACUGGAAUCACCACAGUGGGAACUUUUGGAGAAAGAAGCUUUGCCAAACAUGGAAAAAGGUGAUGAUGAUAGCGCAGGAAGCACGCAAGAAAUAAGACGACACCCUGAAUUUUAUUUGAGCUUCUUUGAAAAAGUUCCCUACGAAAAAGUUAGGGAAACAGCUAACCUUGAUUAUUACACACUUAUAAAUCAAAGUAGUGAGGAAGUAGAAUCUCCUUGGGAAAUAGAAAUGAGGAGUACUCGUUUAGUCAGAAAGUUCUAUCAGCAAGAGAGAAUAAUAAUAGGAAUGCGUGAGAAGGUUGAGAAUUUUGAUGCAGAUCUAGAAGAUUUGGCAACUGAACGUCUUACUGUUGUUUACGAUGCUGGCAUUAUCGAUCUCCAUUUGUUAACGCUUUAUCAAGAAUUGAUAAUUUUAAAAAAUUCUGAAGACAUGGAACACGAACUGAUGGAUAAAGCUAAUGUGAAAAUAAAUGAAUUUUUCGAUAUUCGAGACUCUAUCAUAAGAAUAAACAAUCGCCUUGGACGCCAAAAAUCCGAAGUCACGCAGUUAGAGUUAAUGCAAAGAGAUCUUACUCAUGAAUUCUUCUCUAAUGUUACUACAGAAAACAAGUUUUACUCCUUCCUAAGGAGAAUUUUUAAAAGAAAGUACAAACCUCCAAAGAUAAAAGACCCCGAUGAAUCAUCAUCUUCAUCUUCAAGUUCAGAAAGCUCUGAAAGCGAAGAAGAUGAAGCUGCAAGCGUGGAUUCUAAAGAUUUUGGAAUAAUUCGUUUGGAUGAAAAUGUCUGUCCAAAAGGAUGUGAUAAAGCACUUUAUGAUCUCACAUUUAACCUUAGAAAUAAGAGAUGGGACGUUGAACAGAAGCUAAUGGUUCUUCACGAUGCAAUCACCGUAACAAAUAAAGAAAUAGACGAUGCAAAUAAGAAGCUCAAAGUAGCCCAAAACAAAAUGAAUCAAGCGAAAGAGGAAUUAGAAAUGUAUUUGAGAGAGAAACAGAAAAAGUUGAACGCUGUCACAUGUGUUGCCAUUAUGAAAUUCCAUCAGUUGCAACACUUGACGAAAGAGAACCCAAAAAUUAAAAUUUCCGACACUGUAAUUUUCGAUAAAUACGUUGUCAGUAGAAUGUACAAAAGAGUUGGACAACUUCAUCAAGAAACUUUACAACAACAAGCUAAACGAAAAGUCAAUCUGACCCAUUUAACAAGAAUGAGAACUGAUUGCAAAUUUAUGGAAGAACAAAUAAGAAAACUUAAAAAAGAUGGAGUAGAACUUAUGAAAAUCAAAUUCGGAAAAGAAGUAAAUAUUAACGAAUUAGAAGAAGCCAUGCUGAGAAAAAUGGUACUGGAACUGAGAAUGUCCUGGACCGAUGUCAGAAAAAUUUACGAACAUGAAUUAAGAAUCUGGAGGGAUAAAUUAGCAAGGAAACAAGAACAACUGGCCGAAAUAAUAAAUAGCAAUUCUGGGCGAUUGGAACUUCUGGCUGCACUGAAUAAAGAAAAAACUGAACUGUCAAAGUUUCUGGUGCAACAACCUAGAAGACAAGCUCAAUUGGAAUCUGUCGCCGAUAUAGCAGGAAACUAUAAAGCGGACCUGACAAAACUAAACAAUAUAAUAAAGAGUCAACAGGAACAUCUGAAGGAACUGGAGCAAGAAAUUAAGAGGUUGAAAACAAAGGGAUUGGAGUCAAUGCCCGAAAAGCCGAAAAGAUGGAUAGAAGAUAUUUGCAUUCAGAUAGAAGAAGAAGAAAGCCUGCUGGACUUUGAAGCAUUUCUGAAACGGCAUCCACGUCAACCAGUUCAAAAGACGGAAGAAGAAAUGUUGGAAGAACUAUUUGCCAAACUGACCGACGAAGAAGGAGAGGAGGAAGAAGUAACGCAAGAAUUUGUGUUAGCAACUACAGCAUCUGAGGAAGUUAGAACAAUAAUUACUGAGAUGUUGGGAAAAAUGGAUAUCCAGUUAGACUUGGUUAGCAUAAUAGACGAAAUAUGGGUGAAGGCCAUGGAACGAACAACUGUCGCCGAAAUAAUUGAUGAUAUCAUUGACUCCUUGCCGAUUCCGAUAUCAGAAGAAAAUCUUCAAUUGGUUGAGAACGCUGCAGAAAAGUUAUAUUCUUUACAAGAACCAGAGAUCACGGAAGAGGAUCUUAUGGUCUGUGCACAGGAAACGAUCCUCGAAGUUAUAGAAGAAGUUGCUUUAAUAGAUGGGGAACCCCAUCAUAUAAUAGCGGAAAUAAUAACCGAAUUGAUAAUAGAAGUUCCAGCCAAAUAUUUAAAGACGGAAGAUAGUUUAUCCCUGAUCAAAGAUAAAAUAACUGGUUGCGUACCCAUUGAUGCCGUCGAUUUUGAAAAACUUCGAGAAGAACUCCUACAAUUCCCUUCCAGUAGCAGUGUAAUGAGGGAAGAAAUAAAAACAGUAUUGAACGACAUCCUGGAGGCAGUCUUUGGAAGAGGAAUCGAUCUUAUGUACGUUAUCAAAGAUUCUUGUGAUCUUUGUAAUAAAUAAUAAUUAUUGGUUAUACCUUUUUAUAUAUGUAAACCGCGUUUUGUAAUUUUAUUCAUUGAACAAUAAAAUUCUUGUGAAGUGCC